AUGGUUACAGGCGCCGCGCUCCGCGCGGGCCGGCCUGAGCUUCUGGGGCGGGCAGCGGGCUCCGGAAGUGUGCAGCUGCCCGGGACCAUGGCAGUGCUUGCUGCUGGGGAUGGCGGCUUGCUCGGCCAGGCGACUAGUUCUGGCCUGGUCAGUAGGCGGCCGACAUCUUGUCUGGGGCGGCGUCUCACAGAUGCCAGGUACCUUCUGUGUGACGUCAACCCUCCAGAGGGAUUCAGCCUCCGUAGGAACGUCUGCAUCCACAUUGCCUUCCUCCUGAAGACCCUGCUGAAGAUGGAGGAGCCGGUACUGGUGCUAUUCCCUUGGGGCCACCUCUACCACUGGCAGAGCCCCGAUCCCUGGUCCGACUCCUUUGACCUCCCAAGUCUCAACAGAAACAUCCCUGACAUUGAGUACGAGCAGUUCAUUGCAGGGUUCAAUUGGUGAUAAUAAUAGUAACCAAAGCAAUAGCAAACCCUUACAG